CUCUGCUCGCCGUUAAACUAGCGGCUGAACUCGGACUAGAAAUCCCGAGAAAAGAGCCCUCGGUGCUCGAUAUAUUUGUGUGUGCGAGCACUUUGGCAACAUGGCCGAGCUCCACAUUAUAGGCCAGAUCGUUGGGGCCACUGGUUUCCCGCAGAGCAGUCUAUUUUGCAAAUGGGGAGUCCACACGGGAGGAGCAUGGCGCCUUCUGUCCGGGCUGAAGGAGGGUCAGACCCAGGUGGAUGUCCCCCAGACGGGAGAAGUGGCGUACUGGAGUCACCCGAUCGAUCUGCACUACGCGACUAAGGGACUCCACGGCUGGCCGAAGCUGCACUUCCAGGUGUGGCACCAGGACUCUUUCGGGCGCUGCCAGCUGUACGGUUACGGGUACUGCCACGUCCCGUCCAGCCCGGGACAUCACCGGAUACACUGCGUGACCUGGAGGCCGCUCGGCUCCUGGCAAGAGCAGCUGGCGCAAAUGUUUGUCGGCGGAGGACCGCAGCUCCGCAGCCCGGACCUCGUGUACAGCGGGGCGGACAGAUACCGACUGCACACCGAGGCCAUGGGGACAGUGGAGCUCGAGCUCAGCAUCGUCAUGAGACACUUUGACAAAUAUGGCGUCGAGAGUUAACGCUGUGAAAUACAACAAUACUUUGGAGAGUUGUGAUGGGUUUUAUAAUGUGCAGAUGGAGGUCUUUUAUGUUUUUAUUAAAGGUUUUUUAUUACUUUU